AUGUCUUCCAGAGGACGCGCCGGAAAGUACAUGAAGCCCAAGCGUGGCGGCGGCAAGCACUUCAGCAAGAAUCUUGCGCCUCUCGGCCCUGAUGGCGAACAAAUGGGCAUGUGGGGUGAGCCCGCCGACAAGAAGGACGAGUCUUCGGAGGGGGAAGAGGACUCCUCCUCCGAGGAAUCCUCGUCAGAUGACGACAAGCCCCAGAAGCAGGACAUGACGCGCGAGGAGCGCCGCGCCGCAGCAAAGGCGCGCAAGGAGGCCGCGAUCGCGAAGCAGAAGGCCAGGGCUGCCGAGCCGGGCGACAUGCCGCCCUCCGACUCCGAGUCCGAGGAGGACGAAGGCGCCGGCCUGCCCGCAAACCCCAACCACACCGCCAAGGCCGCGAAGCAGGCCGUCGCACCCUCGGCAUCGUCGUCGGCGGCGCCCGCGCCGUCGAAGAGCAAGGACACGCCCGUCAGCCAGCUGUCGCGCCGCGAGCGCGAGGCGCUGGAGGCCCAACAGGCGAAGGAGCGCUACCAGAAGCUGCACGCCGAGGGCAAGACGGACCAGGCCAAGGCAGACCUCGAGAGGCUGAAGCUCGUGCGCGAGCGCCGCGAGCAGGACGCUGCGCGCAAGAAGGCCGAAGCCGAGGAGAAGGCGGAGCACGAUAAGGCAAAGGCGGAGCAGAUUGCGCGCAUGGAGCGCCAGAGGGAGCUGCAGAAGAACAAGCUGGCCAACAAGAAGAAGGGCAAGAAAUGA